CGACUUCCAAUAUUUUAAAAAAGACUUGGCGCAGUCGACAGCUUUUCGGUUCCAAGCUCACCUUCACACCAUCUAGGGGGUUCAUAUUCGUGAAUCAAUCUCACUUCACAGCCUCAACCAUCAACAUAACAAUGGCAACUUCACAAUCAGGAAAUUUGGACGAGCCUCCUUACACCUCGUUCAAAGAGCUUCGAAGCGAUGAGGUCAUCUUCUCUCCCGCCACCAGACGUCUCUUCUGGCCUCUCGAUGGUGUCUUUCUCACCGCAAUUUCCGUCAUGAAGAUCCCUCGCAGUCCGGAAGAUCUUGAACCAUACUUCCAGCCAGACACUGGAGGUAGUGGCAGCGGUACGUGGCACGAGAUCUCACAGCUGCCUGUCACCGAGCCAAAGGUCUCAUCUGUCGAGGCUUCAGUCUACGGCCUCGACCAGUGGGAGUCUGAUUGUAUCGCGUGGCACGGGGUUCACGAAGGAGGCGAGUUCGACCCUGAGUAUGUCACGUACGGAGAUCUCAGCGAUGAGGACCGACCUUACGCGAAGGAGCCCAAGGAGGACGGCAGCUGGGAGGAGGAGGAGGACACGAAGUUUCUUCUGAGAUGUUGUGGAGAAGACAGACCGCCCAGGAAGAGGGGGCUCAAGUUGGUGGUCACGCCUUCUGCAGGAAAUCACUUUGUCACGGUGCACGACUGGGUUAGCGCUGUUCAUCCCUGGCUCGUGAGCUUACGAGAUGAUGUUUUGAGAGCUAAGACGGUUGCACGAUUCCAGGCUUACUCUGUGUCGGCGAGGACUGAAUGGAUGGUAGAUAAGGGACCGGAUCACAAAAUAGAAGAAAAGCAAAGCUGGAUUGAGAAGCAUCGGAGUGGCCCGCCUCGUAUGAUACCUGGCUCAACUGCCGCGAUCCUCAAUAGGAUACGUGCGAAUAGGAACAGGUAGUUUAGUGUCUAUAUUGUCGUCUAGUCUAUCACCUAGCCUUACUCGAAACAGGACUGAUCAACC